UUCCUCAGCUUUGAUCUCCCCUUCAAUUCAAACGCUUCCAGGAAACUCCCAAUAUAGUCGGACUCAUUCUCGUGUCUCUCCUUCUGCCAAGUUCUUCUUUUUGCUAGCUUGAUCUGUUGUUUGUUAAUUCUUGGUGAACCAAUGGCGUACGGCAAGAGGUCCCGGCAGCAGGCCGAGGAGAUGGUCUGGCUGCCCGACGGUACCGACGCCGCGCGCUUCCUGCUGCUCUUCUACGGCCACCACCACGGCGGCGGCGCGGUGUCGACGGACGCGGCCUCGGCACCGGAGAGGGUGUUCGAGUGCAAGAUCUGCAACCGGCAGUUCCCGUCCUUCCAGGCGCUCGGCGGGCACAAGGCCAGCCACAAGAAGCCCCGCCUCGCGGACGGCGACGGCGCCCCGGCCGAGCCGCCCAAGCCCAAGGUGCACGGCUGCUCCAUCUGCGGGCUCGAGUUCGCCAUCGGGCAGGCGCUCGGCGGGCACAUGCGCCGCCACCGCGCCGCCGAUCAGGCGGAUGGCCCCGGCCUCGGGCUUGGUCUCAGCCUUAGCAGCGGGCUCGGGCUCGGGCUCGGGCCGAAAGACGACGGCAAGAAGGCGGCUCCCCCGGCCGAGCUGGUGCUGGACCUGAACACCGUGCCGGCGCUGGAGGAGGAGCCGGGGCUCGCCGUCGAAUUCCCCAUGGCAGUAGUUGACUUCUUACGUUAAGAACGUGGAAGAGAUUGAUUGAUCUUUUCAAUACACCAUUUUUGGAUUGUACUGUUUACAUUCAACUACCCCAAAAGUCAACCCUCGAACCAUUAGAAAUUCCAGCAUACAUGUUUUUUUUUAAUCCUCAGAAAUGUAUAAGGAUACUUCUAAUGUUCCAGGGGCUCUAUAUAUAUAAGGAAAUCCAUAUAUACAAUAUGGUUAGACUUUUCUGUGGCAA